AUGAGUCUCGAUGCUGGUGAAAUCAUCUACAAGGCAUUCGUGCCGACGCUCAAGAUGGCGCUGUGUAUCGCAGCUGGCUUUGUCUUGACCAAGACGGGUAGCCUCCUUCCAGAUAGCAUUCGGGGGAUCAGUCUUAUCACACUGAACCUUAGUCUGCCUUGCCUCGUCUUCUCCUCAAUGGUCAAGUCGUUCACGCCGGCCACAGUUCAGGCGUUCGGACCUCUGCUGAUGAUUGGGAUCAUGUACCAAGUGAUGGGCGGCCUCCUUGCCUUGGUGGCCGCAUGA